AAUCUAAUGGCGGUUACAACCUAUGUAGUGUACUUUAUAUUAAAUCUUAAGCAAAUUGGGAUUUAAGGAAGUUUCACCUUAUCUUUGGACAGUACAUAGGCGUCUCUGGGGCGGAGUGAAAUUUAAACCAAAUCUUUAACGUUAGCUCACAGGAACGUGUCGUAUCUAAUCAUUAAAACUAGUCUCUGAACAGAAGUAUAAGGAUUUUGAACGUGUAUGUGUGUGUAACUGGUACUGUCAUGUCCGCGUUAAAGCCUUGUAAAGUGUGUAAUUUCAGCCGGCAGAAGUAUUUCGGCGUGGUGGUGGUGUCCCUCAGCCAGCUCAAAGUAAAAGGUAGUCAAGCACUGGGCUGCAGUGCCGACACAUCAGUGUCCGUGGUGCUUGAUGACAACGGAACCAUUGUGGAAGAUGACUCCUACUUCUUAUGCCUUCCACCGAACACCAAAUUCAUGCUCUUGCAAGAUAAAGAGACGUGGAAGCCUGCAAACCGAUUUGACGGAGGAACGGCAUGGCUCACGCAGUCCUUUGACGCAGACCCAGACGUGGUAGACAGUACACACGGUGGUGCAGAACCCUGGUGCGGUUUAGCUGAACAGCUGAGACACAACCUGGCCAGCAUCAUCCUCAUGUCUGAGGCAGAUCUACAGAGUCUGGUGGCUGUACCUCGCGCAGUCCUGGCCUCAGCGCUCGCCUUCCCAGAGCAGAAAACUCAGGAUUUACAAGACACCUUGCAGAGAGUGCUGGACCGCAGAGAAGAGGAGCGGCAGUCCAAAGAGCUGCUGCAGCUCUACCUCAACGUUGUGGAGAAAGAGCGCAGCCAGGAUUUGCAACAAGGUGAAGCAGUGCUGGACGAGGCAGAUGGUGUCGAGGUGGACUCGGCUGUAGGGUUUAACGCUAGGAUCCUGCUGGUUCUGAAGGGCAAAACGAGUCCUGAAACGAGACUCUCCAAUGAGGAACUGCAGAUGGUGCUGAAGCAGGGAGUUGAGACGAUGAUGGACGAGCUGGGCUGGGACAGAGACAGGACUGCGGUGUUACUACAGGCCUGUGAGGAAGAGCUGAGUAAACGUCUGCAGCAGGUCCAAGCCAUGCAGUCGCUCAGCGCUCACUCGCAGUGCAGCACAACGCCGCCACAUCAAGAGGAGACCAAAGCUAAACGCAGAAAAUAGCCCGAGCAGCGUUUAGGCUCGCUGGUGAUACUCUGCUGUAUUCAGGGUUAUAUUGUUUUUUAUAAGUCUAGUUCCAUUUAUUUUUACUCCAAAAAUGUUUUGCCUGAUUGUAUAUCAUUUCUGGCAUCACACGCACCUCUUAUUAUCCGUGUUCGGCAAACCUCUCUUUAAAACACUACAAAUGUUUAGUUUUAGCUGGUGUUUAUUCCUUCUUGAAUUCACCGCACACGUGAAUAACAUUUUAAAACUAAGAUUUAUAACCAAAGAGAUGUUUUAUAUUACAACUGUGACAUAAUUUUAUGUAUGUGUUUUACUGUUACGUUGACAAUUUUAUGUAAUGAGCCAUAAUAAAAACAGAAUAAUCUAGAAGUAGCUAUAACAAUUGAUGGGAUGACUUUUUUUUUUUUUUUUUUUUUUAAAUGAUUAAAACUUUUCUCUUUUU